AGGGUACAAGCCCCACCUAGGGCGGUGGCCACAGCGAGGAAAGGGGCAGACAGAGCCAGGAGCCUGGGAAGGAAGCAGGAUGGCAGCAGGGGCAGCAGCUGGAGCCUGGGUGCUGGUCCUCAGUCUGUGGGGGGCAAUAGGUGGCGGUCAAAACAUCACAGCCCGGAUCGGGGAGCCACUGGUGCUGAACUGUAAGGGGGCCCCCAAGAAACCACCCCAGCAGCUGGAAUGGAAACUGAACACAGGCCGGACAGAAGCUUGGAAGGUCGUGUCUCCCCAGGGAGGCCCCUGGGAUAGUGUGGCGCAUGUCCUCCCCAACGGUUCCCUCCUUCUUCCAGCCAUGGGGAUCCAAGAUGAGGGGACUUUCCGGUGCCGGGCAACGAACAGGAAUGGAAAGGAGACCAAGUCCAACUACCGAGUUCGAGUCUACCAGAUUCCUGGGAAGCCAGAAAUUGUAGAUCCUGCCUCUGAACUCAUGGCUGGUAUCCCCAAUAAGGUGGGGACAUGUGUGUCCGAGGGGGGCUACCCUGCCGGGACUCUUAGCUGGCACUUGGAUGGGAAACCCCUGCUACCUGAUGGGAAGGGAGUGUCUGUGAAGGAAGAGACCAGGAGACACCCUGAGACAGGGCUCUUCACCCUCCAGUCAGAGCUGAUGGUGAACCCAGCCCGGGGAGGAGCUCCCCACCCCACCUUCUCCUGUAGCUUCAGCCCGGCCCUUCCGCGGCGCCGGGCCUUGCACACAGCCCCCAUCCAGCCCAGUGUCUGGGAGCCUGUGCCUCUGGAGGUCCAAUUGGUGGUGGAGCCAAAAGGUGGAGCAGUAGCUCCCGGUGGAACCGUGACCCUGACCUGUGAAGCUCCUGCCCAGCCCUCUGCUCAAAUCCACUGGAUGAAGGAUGGCAUUGCCCUGCCCCUUGCCCCCAGCUCCGUGCUGCUCCUCCCUGAGGUAGGGCCUCAGGACCAGGGAACCUACAGUUGUGUGGCCACCCAUCCCAGCCAUGGGCCCCAGGAAAGCCCUGCUGUCAGCAUCAGCAUCCUCGAAACAGGAGAGGAGGGACCAACUGCAGGCUCUGUGGGAGGGUCAGGGCUGGGAACUCUGGCCCUGGCCCUGGGGAUCCUGGGAGGCCUGGGGACAGCCGCCCUGCUCAUUGGGGCCAUCAUAUGGCGAAGGCAGCAACGCCAAAGAGAGGAGAGGAAGGCCCCAGAAAACCAGGAGGAGGAGGAGGAGCACACAGAGCUGAAUCAGGAGGAGGAGCCCGAGGCAGCCGAGAGUGGUGCAGGACGGGCCUGAGGGGCCCACAGACAGACCCCAUCGUCCAUCAGCUUCCUUUUCUUUUUCCUUUGAACUGUUCUGGACCAAGACCAGCUCUCCUCUGAACAAUCUCCACCCCACUUCACCAAACCUUCUUCCAUAACCAGAGCCCCCCACAAACAGAAUGAGUAAACACUUGACAAAUCUCA